AACUGAUGAGACAGAAAAACUGACCAAUCAGGAGUCAGCUCUGGCGUCUCUACAGGACGAGGCUGAAGGCCCCUGUUCGGACUCCCACCUCAGACAGAUCUACACUGACCCCCCCCUCACUCUGACCCCGUCCUUCAGCCCCGAGGUGAGAGAGUAUCGUGCCGAGGUGACCUUUGACACGGUGACAAUUCGAAUCCGGCCGGAGCCUGUCAGUUCAGCCUGUCGGGUUCACCUGGAUGAGCACCGAGGCCCCAGGAUGGCAAACUACCCGGUCGGCCUUGGCAACAGCAGGAUCAGCAUCCUGGUGACGGACGGCGCUGAGACGGAGCCUGCCGUCAUGACCAUCUACACCGUCCACGUGUACCGCGAGAGCCGGCCCAGUCUGCCUAUGUUCGGGGAUCAUGUGACGUGCAGCUUCCUGCAGGACUGUGGUCUGCUGGUCCAGCCCGGUCGGUCCUGCGGUCUCCAGCCUUUCAUCCAGUCUCAGAGUCCACUUCAGACCUGCAACUCGGGACACGUACCAGGUCGGUGGGUGGUUCCGUGUCUCAGCUGUUCUGAUAACAGGACGUGUGAUUGGAGGGAGGUUGCCUGGCAACCUGACAGCUGUUAUCACCCGCUAGUGGACCGCCCCCUUCUGCAGGACUGUAUGACCAACAGGAAGGUUUUGUUUAUCGGCGACUCGACCAAUCGUGGGAUGAUGUACUUCCUGAUGGAGCGGGUGAACUCCAGCCUGGAGGACUGGGGCAAAGCUCACGACACGCUGGUCUACAGGAACCUGAAUGGGGGACGGACCCUCGUCAGCUACUCGUAUUAUCCUCAGUUCUGGCUGCAGAAGAACCAGAGACCCACGUUCAGACAGGCUCUGCUGCAGCUGCUGGACAGGUCACGACCUCUGGUGAACUCAAACCUGACAGUUCUGGUGGUGGGUGGAGUGCAGUGGCUCAACACGGAUCACCUGAAGACGGUCCGAGAGGUGCUGAACAGAGAGUCUCUGGGUGACGUCCUGGUGGUGGUGAAGUCUCUGGGGAUGGGUUUCCACCUUCCUGUAGACGGGAUCCGGUCUCUCAGUCUGAAGGAGAUCCAGAAGCUCUACAGGGAGAACCGUAACAUCAUCACCACAGCAAAGCAUUAUGGGUACGAGGCAAUUGACACAUUCAGCAUCACAAUGGGUCGGUACAAAGAGUUCCUGCAGGGGCGGUGUGGCUGCCACUUUCACGAGGUGGAGAAGCUUCAGUCCCCCAGGCCUAUAGACGAAACGACGUCCACAACCAACAGAACCAAAUCCACCAGACCCGGACCUGGACUCAGCAGCCAAUCAGCUGUGCCGGACCCAGACCAAGAGGCAUGGCCUAAAGCCUCAUCCUAUCACGUGAGAGGACCAGUGAACCAGGUGUACUCUGAGAUCCUGCUGAGUCGCCUGUGUCCCAAAACCAGAAACUAAACACCUGAGAGUGUGUGUGUGAGAGACUCACCUGUCUCAUCCACCUGCAGCAGGCUCUCGUGGUGGGGGGGGGGGCAGAUGAAUAAAACAGUCAAAAGAAAUCUCGAGGGAUAAAAAAGACUGAAAGCUGAACAUUUUCCUGUUUUUCUUCAGGACUCAGGUGACUGUACACCUGACUGCUUUAUCUUCAGCAUAAAACGGGCUCUUAAAGUGACACAGCAUAACGAAGAUACUAACCUUCCAGUGUUUAAGGUCCAAGUCGAAAUGAUUAAGUAUCUGAAACUGUUUCUUUAUGUAAAAGAAAAAUAUAAUUUACAAUUGUUUCUCCAAACCAACAAGAACUUCUUCUUUUCAUUGUGAGACAGAUUUCCAUCUUUCCUCUAAUCUGCUGCAAGUUACUGAUGCAAAAACUUUAUUUUGUGUACUUAAUACUUUUUACUGUGUACUAAUUACUUUCCACUGUGAACUAACUACAUUCUGAUAUGUAGUAACUGGUUUAUAAAGCGCACUAGGUAGUUUCAAUCUUAAUUAACUUGUAUAAUGUGCAGCAAUAAGUUUCUCUAUAAUGUGCUCCUGUUUGUAGUUCACACCUGCUAGUUACCAAAGGCUACCAGCUGCUAUGUACUGUGUAACAGUUAGUUUCUAAUGCUAACAGUUAGUUUCUAAUGCUAACUGUUAGUUUCUAAAGCUAAAUACUAAUUUCUAAUGCUAAAUGCUAGUUGUCAAUGCUAUACAGUUAGUUUCUGAUGCUAAACAGUUAGUUUCUGAUGCUAAACAGUUAGUUUCUGAUGCUAAACAGUUAGUUUCUAAUGCUGUUAGUUUCUAAUGCUAAAUGUUAGUUGUUAAUGCUAAACAGUUAGCUUCUAAUGCUAACUGUUAGUUUCUAAUGCUAACCGUUAGUUGUUAAUGCUAAACAGUUAGCUUCUAAUGCUAACGGUUAGUAUGUAAUGCUAACUGUUAGUUUGUAAUGCUAACUGUUAGUUGUUAAUGCUAAACAGUUAGCUUCUAAUGCCAACGGUUAGUUUCUAAUGCUAAAUGUUAGUUGUUAAUGCUAAACAGUUAGCUUCUAAUGCUAAUGGUUAGUUUGUAAUGCUAAAUGUUAGUUUGUAAUGUUAACAUUUAUCUUCUAAUGCUAACGAACCUCAGCUAUUGUAGUGUCCAUCAGCUGGUUUCUAAUGUACACCAGCUAGUGUUUAAUCUGCUCUAACUAAUUUAGUGCUACUUUCUUAUGUGUAGGGGAGACCGGGGGCAAUUGUAACAUAUUUUACAUUUUCCUUAAUAACUCACAAACUACUUGAGAUACACUCAUCAUCUUUUGUUUCAAGAAACACAUAUAUGUGAACUAAUUAAUGAUACAAUUGAUAUAUUUUCACUUAUAAGAACAAGACUAAAAUAUUUAAUUAAAUGCAAGAAGUCAGAGUGCGGGGGCAAUUGUAACACUGAAAAAUAAGUCAUAUUAAUCCACUGCAUCUCAAGUAAAAGCCUAGGCUGCCUCAAAGUAAUUACUUUACAGCUAAUAAUGUUACAUAAGAGUUUUCAAAUGGUUCGAAUUAUUUUAGGUGUCAGGCUCUCUCUGUUCUAACUUCAUAAAAUUGCUUUUUACAAGUGAACUAGUCAUUCUCUUUGGUUUGCUGGGUCUUAUACCAUCAACUACUUUAAGUCCACUAUACAGACAAACUGACAAUGAGAGGAACAGACUUAGACAGUGAAAACUGUUCACAGAGCGCUGUGAUCUGUUGUAGAAGCACUCAACAAGUGAUGAACGUGCGGCGGGCUGAACGCUCCGCUGCUGAAAGCUUCCAGUGUGGGUUGACGCCGGGCUGAGGACGGGUCAAAACCGUGGCACACACAGGCCGCCUGUAUGAGUCCGGGGCAACUGGUCUCUGAUGCACACUAGCUAGUUAAGUGCUCACUAGUCAGCUUCUCUGUGCAUGGUUAGAAAUGAAUCUCUCUUCUGAUGGAACACUGAAAUCAGUCUGUUCUUCUUCUUCUCUCUGUAUAUUUAUGUUUUAUACCUCAGUCGCUGACGUUAUUGAUAAAUUCAAACCAAAGAGUCGGUGAUAACUGUGUCAUCAUGUGAAAUAAAUGUCUUAUUUGAUGCUCUGCUUAUAUUUUCUAUAUUUUUCUACAGAUGUAUUUUGUGCCUUUUAUCUCUAAACAUGUUUACAUGCUGGAAAAUAGAAUAUAUUUAUAUAUGACUGUAAUGAUUCUCUGAUCUUUAAUGAAAUUGUUUUCCAAAAAGACACAAACGCAAUUUCUCAAUAACAAAUCAACUGUGACGACAUGAAA